AUGUCCAAGUCACGCGUUCCCAUGAUGCUCGGUGUUGCCGGCGUGAGCGGCGUCGGUUACUACCUCUACCAGGCUGGAGGAAGUCCCAAGGUCGCCGAGAAGGAAUUUGAGAAGGACAUGCACUCUGCUUCGACUAAGCUGAAGAGUGAGCUCCCUGGACGGGGCUCUGAGGCUCAAAAGGAGGCCGAGAAGCUCGGAGCCCAGGCCGGCGCCAAGUUCGAUAGUGCCAUCGCCAACGCAAAGAGUGAGGCCGCAAAGCUCAAGGCCGAGUCGGAAGCCUACGCCAAGGAUGCCAAGGCUGGCGCGAUGAAGAAGGUCGACGAGUUCGACAAGAAGGUUGAGGACGGUGCCGCAAAGGCCAAGAGCGGCGUUUCCAGCUGGUUCGGCGGCAAAUAA